GGCCAGCAGCCCAGAGCAUGGUGUUGGGAUGAAUGAAAGCAGCGCGGCUCGAGCCAAGCGGGGGCCUGGAGGAGCCGGGGAUUUCCGAAGUUACAAUUGAGGCGGUAGACACCAGUUAUUUCAGACCAUCUUCAAUGGAGGUUUAAUAUAAAGAUUGGAACAACAUCUUUUAACAUAAUACAACAUCAGAAUGGACAAAGCUAUAGCAAGACAUAAUAAAAUGAGAAUCUGAGCAGUGUAAUGGCAAAAUUUGAUCUCUUUUAUGUUUGGUCCCUGCACCCGUUUCCCAAGUGCAAAUGGAUUGAUCACUUUUGCUUUGAUUGAGGAGAAGUAUUGUCUACUCAAAAGAAAAGAAAACAGGCAAGAAAAUCCAACAGGCAUUUGAAUGAAUCACAAAAAGGAUACAGUCCUUGAUGACAUCAAAGUCCAAGUACACAGAAACAAAAAAAGGUUUCAGAUGAAACCAGAGCUGGAACAUCCCAUGAAGUGCACAUGUACCCCAUCACAGAAAAUCAAGGAGCCCUUCUAAACUUUGAAGGAAAUCUGGAUGCUUUGAGCUUUAGGAAAAUUGGAUGAUAUGAACUGAUUUAGUGAAAAUGGCACACAAGGAAGUUAACAUCUGAAGCAUCUGCACACUUUUCUCAAAUGGAGGGAUUUUACAUGGGAGCAAUGGAGGGAUUUUACAUCAUCUAGAAGUGACAGCCUUUUUCUUUGUGUAUCCUGGAGUGGGGUGGGGAAAUGAAUUUCACAAACUGCACAACGGAAGCCAACGUGGCUGUCAAACCCAAAACAGUCACUGAAAAGAUGCUUAUUACCGUAACCUUGGCCAUAAUCACAACCUUGACUAUGCUGCUGAACUCUGGUGUAAUUGCAGCAAUUGGCACAACCAAGAAACUACACCAGCCUGCAAAUUACUUAAUAUGUUCACUAGCUGUGACAGACCUGCUGGUUGCUAUUUUAGUCAUGCCCUUGAGUAUUACAUACAUAGUGAUGGAUACAUGGACUCUGGGAUACUUUAUCUGUGAGAUAUGGCUUAGCGUUGACAUGACCUGUUGCACAUGUUCAAUUCUUCAUCUUUGCGUCAUUGCUCUGGAUAGAUACUGGGCGAUCACAGAUGCUAUUGAAUAUGCCAGGAAAAGAACAGCAAAAAGGGCUGGGCUUAUGAUAGUCACUGUAUGGGCUAUAUCCAUUUUCAUUUCAAUGCCACCUUUGUUUUGGAGAAAUCAUCACAGCAUCAGUAUUCCCAGCGAGUGUCGUAUUCAACAUGAUCAUGUGAUCUACACUAUUUACUCCACUUUUGGGGCAUUUUAUAUCCCCUUGACACUAAUCCUGAUCCUCUAUUACAGAAUUUAUCAUGCUGCCAAGAGUCUAUACCAAAAACGUGGGUCAAGCCGCCACCUUAGCAACAGGAGCACGGACAGCCAAAAUUCGUUUGCUAGCUGUAAGCUCACGCAGACAUUCUGUGUGUCAGACUUCUCUACGUCUGACCCAACCACGGAAUUUGAUAAAAUAAAUACAUCAGUGAGAAUUCCUCCUUUUGAUAAUGAUCUGGAGCUGGCCGGUGACCGUCAGCAGAUUUCCAGUACACGGGAACGAAAGGCUGCUCGCAUCCUGGGACUGAUAUUAGGGGCUUUCAUUUUGUCUUGGUUGCCAUUUUUUAUUAAGGAGCUUAUUGUGGGCCUGAGCGUUUGCACCGUAUCUGCAGAAGUUGCUGACUUUUUUACAUGGCUUGGUUAUGUCAAUUCCCUUAUCAAUCCUCUGCUGUACACUAGUUUUAAUGAAGAUUUUAAGCUGGCCUUUAAAAAGCUUAUUAGGUGUUGGGAAAAUGCUUAAAAGCACCCAAAGGUACAUAUGAUGUGACUCCCUGGCCUUAAAAAUGAGUGAAAUGAGCUGAGUUUAGCAACAUUCUACUUGGUAAAGUGGAUUUUUGUGUUUGUCUUUAUGGUUGACUUCUCUUUGGCCUGUAACUUGUUUUUCUGUUUUCUACCUCUUGUGUUAUUACGGUACAUAGUUUUAAAUAAAU